AUGCUGUCCCUGGUGGACGAGAUGCAGGAAAUGUGGGCGAGUCCGCAGCACAAACUUACCGCCUACGAGGCCUAUCUAGAGGAGCGCAUCGCUCUGAGGCGCGCGCUGCACGCCACAGCUCUCUCCCGUGCGCCUACACCGUACCCGACUCCACCGCCUGCCAUCUUCAGGUGCGAGGACUCGACGCCGGACGACAGCGCCUCCACCUCCAGCCGGCUCGAGGCGAAGUACCUCUCACAGCUGAGCACGCUCGAGGGCAGCAGCCCCAGCCGCGUCGGGAGCAAGCGAGGGCUCGACGAGGACGACGAGAUGAGCGGCCUGCCGGAGCUCAGCGCGUGGGCUCGUGCUCGCGCCGAGCAGGCCGCCGAGCAGGCGUUAGAGCAGGAGAGCACCGCGAAGCGGCAGCGCAAGCAGCGUGCGACGUUCUGGGCGACUGCCGUAGUCGACACGGAGCUGCUGAGCAGGCUCACGCUGCAGUGUUGA